AUGGCAUCCGCAUUCUUCUAUGGCACCCUCAUCCACCCCGACAUCCUCCGCCGUGUCAUAGGCAACGACGGCUCCCAUCUCCAAGUCUGCCCUGCCAUCCUCUUCGACUAUACACGGCACAAAGUCUCCUGGGCGGACUACCCCGGAAUCGUACCAUAUAAGAACAGCAGGUCCAUGUUCUCGCGCGAGCUUACCGAGGAGGAGCGCUCCGUACGGGGGACAAUGGUGACAGGCCUGACGGAGCGCGAUAUCCGUCUGUUGGACGUGUUCGAAGGCGACGAAUACAACCGCGUCCUAACACAAGUCUACACCCUCACCCCACUCACCGCGCUCGCCUCCGCAGGCUCAACAAACGGACUCGCAACCCUCGUGCCCGCGAACCCACCUCCUCUUCCCGCGCGCGACCAGCUCGGCGAGCCGGUGCACGCGCAGACGUACGUAUGGCGGCCCGAAAUGCUGGGCGACCUCGUCGGCGAGCUGUGGUCGUUCGACGCGUUCGUGCGUGACAACGCAUGGAAGUGGCUGGGCAAGGGCUCACGAGACAAUGCGGAUUAUGCGCUCGUUGAUGCCACCAGGGAGCCAAACGGCGGAGGGUAUGAUGUGCCUGCGAAGGAGAUCAAUGGACGUUCUAGGUAGUUGUCUGGAAAUAUGUGGAUUGUUAGAGGUCGAGGUAGGAUACCAUUAAUACCUGAGCUAUAAUAAAUGGAGACCGUGGAGGUAAGAUGGUAUGACGUCCGAGGCAUGCUCGAUCUGUUCACAUCCAUCAG